AAAUUCAGAAACUUACAAGGCCAUAUGACAUCUUUCAAACUAUAUAAGAUCCAAAUUUAAAAAAAAAAAUUUUAUAAACUAUUAAAAAACCUUUUAGUGAAUAACCAUCAUAAUUUUAGCCAACUAAUUGUAAUAUUCUUUUCAUUCUUCCAAAUUGAUAUUCAAAUUGUGCUCUACAAUGUCGGAAAAGGGCGAUUUUGCUGCACCAAGUGAUGUGAUUAAGUGCGAGGGACUUCUCAAAGAUGUAUGCGAUAAUCGGGAUUUGAGGGCUCCAUUUUUUAGUCCUGAAACCACAUAUGAAAUUCCCUUGCAAGUACAACAUAAACAUAAAGAGUCAGAAAUUACAGAAUCGGAAACCUACACAUUUUCUGGUCGCUAUAUAACUAUUGUGGUUAAUACAUCUCCACUUGAGGUAAAAAAAUGCUUUGUAAAACCCAAAAUAAUCAGUAAACUUGGCUUGGACCUACUGGCUGAACAGAUGCUACGUAAAAUAUGCGGCCGAAAUAAUCUACGUGAUGUUAUGCUCCUAAUCACACCUGUAAACGAUUCCAGUAUUACGGAUCGAUACAAAAUGCAUUGUUUUGAUUUAAGCACGGAAAGACAUUUGGGUGUGACCAGUCUGACAAGUCGGGAGCGUGAACUGAUUGAGAAUUAUCACAGCCCGAAAAACUUUAUUCUGCUAUUUAGUACCCGUAACAUUGAUCUACAAGAUUUGGUUAAGAAUAGUUCAAUUAAAAUGGAAAUUUUUGGCACAGCAAAAAAACGUUCGACCACCGUGACACGCGUCUUGUAUCAGGGAACUGCUGUGGAUGUUUGCGUUCAAAGUUGUAAGAAAGUCCGUGUGGGUGUUAGUCUCGAUUGCAAAUCAUUUGAUAACAAGACACUGAAGAAACCCAAAAUACGAGUGCAUUCAAAUCAGCAUCUAGUCUCCGAUUCAAUUGAUUAUACGGGUCUUUACAAAAGCUAUGGGCAAAAACACUGCACUACUUCCAACUUGGCACAAUGUCGUCGCCUAGAUUAUCCUGGAUUCGGACGACGCGCACUUAAGCUCAUCGUUCAUCAUCGUCAACGGACUUAUUCCAUUGGGUCAGUAGAACAAUGCCUAAACCUUAAGGCAAAGCUAUUGGAAUCUCAAAAGAAAAACGUUAAUCUGGACAACAAAAGCGAAACUAAACUAAAGGAGGUGGGUUACGACUCAAAUUCGGUUCGAAAUGUUAAAAAAACUGAUUUGUCGACUGAAAAGAGAAAAAUUUUCCUCGAGAAAGCUAAGAAGCCUGAAGAGAAACCAAACGCUAUUAAGAUGACAUUGGAAAUGGCUAGGAAAAUGAGAGCUCAAUGUGAUCGGCAGAAGGCUCAUAUAGCUGGUGAAAGACUAAGGAAGAGAAACGACUUGGUCAGGCAGACUGUGGAUUGUUUCAAAAAUGUUCAAUUAGAGAUAAGGGACAUAGCUAAAAGCACUUCUUUGGAAACAAACAUUGCUAAAAUGAAUGCUACUUCUAAGGAUAAAACAACAUCAUCAAGACCUUUGAUAUUUAAAAAUUAUUUAAAAGCUGCUCCCACAACCAAGUCUAUUUCUAAAGAUAGUGCGAAGGAUCAAUCAUCAUCAUCAGGAAGAGAAACAUAUUUAAAAGCGGUUGAGACUCCCACAACCCAGCCCAUUUCUAAAGACCAAAGCACUUCUAUGGAAACAUACAUAGCUGAAAUAAAUGAAAAUGAGAAGGAUCAAACAUCAUCAGGACUUUUGCAUUAAGUUCAUAUCGAACUAUUUAUAGUGAAGACAUUGCAAUUGAUUGUCCAACUCUACAAAAUAUCCCGGAAAGCACUGACUAUACCUCCAUGAUGGAUUCCCAGCCUGAUAAUACUACUUUCAAUAAGCAAAUUUAUGAAGACAAUAUUGUGGAAGAAUCAAUUGGCGUUAAUAAUUACCUAACAGCACGUGUAUCAGCUUUAGAGAAUAUCCUGGUAAGCAGUGAUUCUACCUCUACGACGGAUUCUCAGCCUGACGACAACACCACGAUAAUGCAAAUAUACCAAGGCAACACUGUAGACGAAUCAAUUGGCAUUAAUAAAAACUUAUCAAUAAGUGCCAAGAUUGCUUUCCUUAAAGGAGAACUCUCUACACUAGAACUCAAACGAUCAUUUUCUCUCUUUGGUAGACUUAUUGAGGGAAUUAAUCUUAAAUCGUGUCCUCUUGAUGAACAUCUAAUAUUAUUUUUUAAGUUUGCCGACUUGUUGUCCUUCAAAAUGUUCGUAAGAAAGGAAUACAACUGGCCGAAAUGUUCUCCAACCAAUGAACCGCGUUGUCGAAUUGAAUGCUUUGCAUUUGAUGACGACAAGAAUUACAUUACUUCCAUAGGACUACUCACGCGGCAAUUGAAAAUGUUAAUGGAUUUAUAUCCAAAUGUUUUAAAUAAUAUGCAAUAUAUUAAUGAUGCAUUUGCCCUCACCACUAUGCCAAGAACUCUUACGAUUUGUCUCAAGUCUUUACUGCACAAAAACAUUUAUAAUUUGCUGGCCGAGCUUACCUAUGAGUGGGUUCAAGAACCGUGUUCGGUUCUGAAAAUCGCUCGACAAUUAGAAUUGGAAGAGCUUCGUGAUCAACAAGAACACCAAAGUCUUAUUGAAUUUAUUAAAAAUUCCUAGUUAACAAAAUUGAUAAUGUUAAAUGUUUUAAAAUUUAAUAUUGAUGAAAAAUAAAUUUUCCCAAUGAACAGUUAAACUCAUUGUAUGUAAUGAAAA